AUGGACUAUUAUAUUUUGAAAACUCUAGAUCGAUGGUUCUGGGCUGAGAAGUAUGCGCAGGAAAAUUAUGAUCCCCUCAAACAAAAGUCCAAAUUCUUCCAUAAAGAGGGAACAAAAAUUCACUUCUCAGAACCAACCUUCCUCAAAGAAAUAGUUUUGGAUAAAAAGAAUAGAAGAAGAAGAAUUUUCAACGUGAAACUUGAGGACCCUGCAUUGGAUAUUGACUUUAACGACCCAUCAGCUGUUUUGUGGAAAAAUGUCGAUGGUCAUUUAGUUACCAAUUUUGAUCAUUUACGACAAGAAAAGAAGGGAAAAACUGUAAAGGUUCUCACAAUGGAUGGAGGUGGUAUGAAAGGGCUAAUUCUCAUUGAAAUUCUUACAGUCAUUGAGGAACGAGUAGGAAAGAAAAUUUGUGACAUUUUUGAUAUUGUUGCUGGAACAUCUACAGGUGGAAUUUGCGCUCUCCUCAUCAAUCGAGGAAUUCCAAUGAAGAUUGCAAAGGAAUUCUAUAUUGAAAUUGGAAGAACCGUUUUUGAUCUGAAAACCACACGAAACAAGUCCUUUGUUAAAACCAUGAAGGUACUACGAGGAAGAUCCUGGUAUGAUGGCUAUCCUCUCGAGCUCUCCUCUCUCAAAUUAAGCCAAGAUGUUGAAUUGAAUCACAUGCAUGCCAAAAAACCUUUGACAUUUAUUGUGACAACCAUGAACAAGUCCACAAAUCCAAAGAUGAACCUCGAUGAGCCAACAGCCUGUGUUCUUAGAACAUACAGCGAUCCCUAUGAGUAUGGUUCUAAGAAUGGAGACUCAUCGAGUAAAAAACAGCCAACCUUUUAUAGAGGUACCUUAUCCGGAGUGGGUAUCACUUGUACAGACGCAUUGAGAGCAACUUCUGCUGCCCCCAUGUAUUUCAAAGCGAGAAGAAUCGGAGAUACUGAAUGUAUAGAUGGAGCUGUUGUUGCCAAUAAUCCAACUUCAAUUGCUCUCUACGAGACUAAGCAAAUAUUCCCUAAUCACGACAAGUUUGUAUUCAUUAGUUUAGGUACUGGUGCUCUCUCAGGUAAAUCAAGUCAAAGUGAUACAAAUGAUGGUGACGAGGAAGUGAAUUUAAAUAUUAGUCCAACCACCAAGACCAAAAAGAAGGGAAUUUCAAAAGUAUUUAAGGGAAUUUCACAAACAAUUAACACCUUGUUAUCAGUGGUUAAUUUACAAUUAAGUAGUGAAAGAAUUCACAAAAUGGCGAGUGCUCAACUCGAGUUCUUUAAGGAAGGAAAAACUUUGUGUGAAUAUUUUCGUUUAAAUGUACCCAAGUUGGGCGAUUACGGAUUGGAUGAGGUCUCUGACGAAUUGGUUUCCAUAUUUGAAAAGGAAACAAAAGCCUAUAUUGAAAAUCAUCCUGAUCUGGAUCGAAUUUGUGAAUUAUUGAAGCAAGAGUAA